AUGGCUUCCACGCGCUCCGUGUUGUUCGCGGCCUUGGUCGGCCUCACGGCUGGUCAGUAUGAAGGAUGGAUGCCCGGACAAAUCAGUGCAAGUAUGUGCUACUGGGAAGCACCAAGAGCUGCUGUUAUUCGCGACACGCUCUGGCUUGAUGGCGGAGACUUGGCCUGGACGCAGCAGCUGCCAAAUGAGAAUCAGGUUUCUUCAUUGAACAACCCGUUCGGGCUUAUGCUUUCGUUCAACUUCAGCAACCCGUUCGAUCUGGACACUAACCUCACCAAACUGAUUCAAACUACAUCAAAGGCGCCCGGUGGAUCUGGCCCCGUCGGUAGUUACUCCCCUAACAGGAUUGAUGGAGCUCUUCUUCACAACGACGCAGAGUUCUACCUGUAUGGAGGUAAUCUCCAGAGAAGGACAGAUGCCUCGGAGGCGCCAGACGAUUCCAAGGUCAUUCUCUGGCGUCUCCACGAUUAUGGUCCAGAGAAGGGGCUGUUCAGGAAUGGCAGCGGUCAGCAGACCUUUCCCGACGGCGUCUCGCCGUUGGUAACUUACGGAGCAGGAGUCAGCGCUCCAUCCGAAAACAAAGCGUGGUACAUCGGUGGCAUGCGUUCACCUGUCUGGGGCGAGAUCUACCGGUCCAGCACCAAUAAGUCCAACGUCGCCAACACGACGUCAGACUCUCUCAUCACCCUUGACAUGUCGACACAGCUAUCCGAGACGUUCUCCAACAAGACGUUGGAAGAUGCGCAACAAAGUCCCGAGUUCACACAAAAGAUUGAUAUUUACGACAUUGCUGCGGACAAAUGGUAUCAACAAGAGACUACAGGCGGACCUGGCGCCGUCACCCGAGGUUGCGCCGUCCUGGCCACUGCAGCCGAUCGCUCCAGCUUCAAUUUGUACUACUAUGGCGGUUACCCUGGUAUCAGCCUAAGUGAGGGCUUCAGCGAUGCUGUCUGGGUUUUGUCCAUGCCAUCGUUCCAGUGGAUCAAGCUGAACGAUGGCAAGACGCUACAUGCCCGCGCCGGUCACCAAUGCGUGAUGCCCUACCCGGACCAGAUGUUGGUCAUUGGAGGAUACGCGCAAACAUCGGGUGCUGGCAACAGACCCUGCGUCCAAAACUUUUUCCAUGUCUUCAAUGUCUCGAGCGGAGAGUGGCAGGACAGCUACAGUCCCAGCAAGUGGUCCAACUACACCGUUCCGACCGCCGUUCAGAGCAAGAUUGGUGGUGACGCCCAGGGCUCGGCAACGGCCACGACACCGGUAGUAUCAGGAGGCUGGGCUGAUCCGAGUCUCUCAGCUGUCUUCGCCGCCGAGUACACAACAAAAAUCAACACAUGGUACCCCUACACUGAGGCGAAAGAGACUGACCGGCCGAUUGUUGACGAUCCUGGCAAUGGUAACAACAACGGUGGUAGUGGCGGCACUCCGAAAUGGGUCGCGCCCGUUCUAGGAGUUGUCUUAGGUCUCGUCUUUAUCACUGGCAUCUUGGUCGGUUUCUGCCUUUGGCGUCGUCGCAAGGUCCUCAGGCAGGGCAACGGGACUGCGACCGCCACUGACGACAACGGAUCACGCAUCAUCUCCUGGAUUAGAGGCCAGCCCAAUACCUCACCUCGCGCAGAACUUCACGGCGUGGGCCUCACCCCGGUCGAAAUCAUCAAUAAACACACCCACUUCGGCACGGGCAACGGCUCCAACCCCGGCACAACACAUCAAUCGUCCUAUUACGCCUCCGUCUCCAGCAACGAGAACGCAUCCUCCCUCUCGCGGUCGUCGGGCGUUCUCGGCUUCCAGACCCGUGCGCAGUCCCCCGAACCCGGGCCGCCUUCCCCGCCUGUCACCCACUCCACCCCAGCCGGUCGCCACGACUCCGAUGUCUCGGGUCUGAGCGACAACGAGACUCGGCACCUGAGACACAUCAGCCAGGCGACGGUCAGCUCGGCAUCAUCUGGUGGCGAGCAAGAGGUUUCCGGUGCGCAGCAGGGUGCUCGCGGAGUACCCGCGACGGUACCGGAGACGCCUACACCUGGUAUCCCUGAGACACCGACACCGGGACAUCCGAGCCCUCUUAGUCCACCAACAGGAGCUUCCGAUGGCGAGGAUUACAUCUCGGCGAGGAUGUUGCCGGUCAGUCCCGCUGGAACGGGCACGCUCAGGAGGAGUAUGUUCCACGAGAGUGAGGAUGAUCUUGGGUCCAAGAAGUAA